AUGGAUGGAGCAAUGAGGACCGGACUGAAAAUUGCACAUGUGAUCUCCUUUCUUCUCCUCCUGGGAUCAGGUGAUUUUCAGGUUCGGGGGCUGAGAGUUACUGGGAAAGAUGUUCCUACUGAAGCUCUUAGAGGAGAAAAUGUCACCAUCCCUUGUCUGCUGUCUGGUGUCCCAAUACCGCUGAAUCUAGAGAAACUAUCAGUUGUCUGGACUCUCAGAUUACAGAAUGGAACUGAACGUGAGGUUUAUGGUUUUAGUAGUUACAAACAUACGCCAUCGAGGAUCGGAUCUCACAUGAAUGACAAAGACCUCCAACUAGGCAAUGCCAGUCUUUUCAUACCCAACAUUCAGAUCACAGAUGAAGGGAACUAUCGCUGCUUUGUUAUCUUCACUCCAGAUUCCAGGGCCUCUACAUCUACUCUGCAAGUAUCAGUUAAGCCGCAGAUGGCACUGAGCCAUAAUCAACAGGUUGAAGGUGGAAUCACGGAUCUGUCCGUUGUGAAGUCAGCAAUUGUUACCCAGAAGCUGUGAAGAUCCGAUGGGUUAAAUCCAGUAAAAGUAACAGCAGGAGCUCACCUUGGGACAAGGACGUUUAUUUCACAACACCUUUGGGGAACAGCGAUGGGACAUUUAGUGUGACCAGUGUGCUGAUUGUGGAGCCGUCUACAGACGCUGAACCCGGAGAUGUAUUCUUCUGUAUUGUCAGCCACAGAUCCCUGGAGGAGGAAAUGACUCUCAGCUUUACCAUGCCAA